AUGAAUAAUAAUAAAGGAAGUUUUCUAUGGUGCAAUCUACAGCUAUAAGAUAACGAAAAUGCUUACGGCUUAGGAAAUUAAAUAUUAUACACAGGAAUGAAGCCUCCCAUGAUAGGGGGUGUUGAAGAAAUACCUAAAGAGAAUAUAUAACAAAAUAGAUCGUGCGAUUUGAAUGACUUUUUUAAACAAUACAUUUGCUUGUUUACCAAUAUCGUUGGAUACUAGAGACUAUUGGGUAAUGGCUAAUUGGAGAAUUAAUUGUUGCAUGCAAUUGUUCAAAAAGGAAAUAAUUAAAUAGUCUUUCAACUUAAUCGAGGAGAAGUUAUCCAAGAAUAAUAAUAGAACCAAGCAAAAACAAAGAACAAAUAAAAAUAAGAGUCCUCAUCUGAUCUUUUUGCAGCACUCAUUCAAUAAGUGAAAAGGGAAUAUAAAGAAUAAAUAGGCAAUUUGGGGAAGAUAUUGCAAUUUAAGCAUCCUCCUAUAAUUGAUUUAAACUUUGUACUUGCUUAAGGAACAGAUGAAAAUGAAGUCAUCCAACCGUAUAUUAAUUCUGAAUUAAUGGAAGACGAAUUUGAAUUUGUUUCAUAUCAUUUAAGUGACGCAAAUCCUAUUUCGAUUAUAAAUUCACACAUUCAACAAUUAAUAAAAGCUAUAUCAUCAAAUUAAAAAUAAGUAUUAUACUUCAAUGAUAAAACUGCUUUUCCAAUAAAUAAAUACGACGAUGUUUAGAAGAUCUAAUUGUUUAAAUCUGAUUUCAAAAAUAAUAGAAGAUUAAUUGUGUAUAAGAAUAAGAUCAAUAAUCUAAUUGAUACCGAAAACAACAAAAUAUUGAAUGUUCAUCAUUACCUCAGUCCAAAAGCAUUGGACAAUGGAAAAAGAUACUUUGUUAGAGGAGAUUAUGUGUUUCAUCAUUAUAUGCAAGAUGGAUUCGAUGACAAAGGUUGGGGAUGUGCUUACAGAUCAUUUUAAAGCGUGUUAUCUUGGUUGAUGGAGAAUGGCUAUACAAGCAAGAAAGAGAUACCUAAUCACAAAAGGAUCUAAUAAAUCUUGGUAGAAAUGGGAGAUAAACCAAUUAAUUUUGUUGGAACAUCAGAAUGGAUCGGAGCCUUUGAAGUCAGUAUGUUAAUUACACAUCUUACUCAUGUGGAAUGCAAAAUAUUAAAUGUAUCCAAGGGAACUGAUGUAGUUUCUAAACUGCCUGAAUUCAAAAGCUACUUUGAGAACUAUGGUGCACCCAUUAUGUUUGGUGGUGGUCUCUAUGCUUACACUUUGUUGGGAGUUGAUUACAAUGAUGAUGAUUGUAGAUUCUUGAUAUUGGAUCCUCAUUACACGGCUAAUGAUACCAUCAAAUCCGUUAUUGAGAAAUAGGGAGUGAGUUGGAGGAAGGCAGACAUGUUUGAGGAAAAGCAUUUUUAUAACUUUUGCAUGCCUCUAAUAUAAUGA